AUGGACGACCAACCAAGAAAUACACCUGUUAGCGUUGGCGUUUAUAGCAACGCUAAAGAAAUUACAAAGGAGCGAACAGACCAUGAGCAGGCAACUUGCACCGACAUGAAAAGCUCUCUAUCUAGGUUUCCUUCCAAUGAUUCAGUCUCGAUUGCUCACACCAAAUCUUUUACGUUAAUGGUCUCAAGCUCCAGCGUCGUACUGGUCGGUCAGUCUAGCAUAGAACAAGUAAACAUUGAUCAUUGCUGUGGCCAAGAAAAGCUUUCUAAAGGAGCAGAAGCCCAUUGCCGAAAGGCAGGCUCAGAUGGAAUUGUUUCCUUCAGUAUUGAAAAACCGAUGCCCCUAAUCGAGAAACAAGGGUAUCUCAAAGACCCACAAUGCGAGAGAAUUCUGAGAAGACUUGAGAUUUUGCAAGACAAUGGACAUUUUAACGAACACGAGCACUUAGCCACAUCGUUGCUUCAACUUUGUUCUGAUGGAAAUAAACCUGACAUGGAGUUGGCCUUAAAAAUAGAGCGAGGAGUGGCCUUUGCUUAUCAGAAAGAGUCUAGAAAGAGUAAGAGUAUGUUUACCUCAGUCAUACAAACAGAACGAACACAAAAUUGGGAUGUUACGAAUCGUAGUAUUUUAACGGCAAGAGCCUAUUUUUCACUUGUUGCUUACUACAGAAAUAGAAAGUCGGUGAAGUUUUCCCCUCUAUUUGAAUUUCUUCAACGCAGCGAGUUUCUUCUGCAAAAUCACAAUUCCCCAGAAGACUGGGCCGAGCUGUAUUACAUUUACGGAUCCGUUUGGUUGAAGUAUAUGAGCAUUAUCCCUGAUGACCUGAGGAAUGCGCAGGCGCGAGAGACUGCUCGGGAUAAAGCAAAAUAUUACUAUGAGCAAGCUAUCUCUUUCUGCCAAAGGGAUAAACGACCGAGAGUUCAGAUAAAAAAACAAACAUAUUGUCAUCUCGGAUUAGCAGCACUGCUGUUAGACUGCAGUUCAACUGCCGCGCGAACACAAGACAAAGAAAUUGCACCUACUGCUAUUAAAGAAGCCAAAGAACACCUUGAUUUUGUUCAGUAUGAACUUGAUAAGAGUGUACCCACGGGGACACAGGUACAGCUCUUAAAAACUCGAUCUGAUCAAUUCUAUCGUCAGAGAUUAUACCAAUUGGCCAAAGAAACGGCCGAGGAGGCUUUUCAGCUCGCUUCCACGAAUAGAUUUAACACUGAAUUAGUCACUCUUCAAGAAAGGAUCCAGUUUCUUGACGUAAAGCUUGAGGUUGCCAAAGAAGUUACUAUCAUGGAAAUAGGAGAUACCCAUAGUGAAAGCUGCUGUAGCGGCACCGAGUAAAGAUCACGAGAUUAUAAAUUUGAAAAGGAUUGAAUAAGUAUCACAAUUAAAUAAAACAAGAUCAGAAGAAUAUCAUAUCUAUACUAAGUAUACGACAUACUCUGUGGUGGAAACACAGUAACUUUGCCUGUUUUUGACGUUCUUUUGAUCAUUUGUGUAUUUACUUUUUGCCAUUAUUUAUUUUAUUUUAUCCAUUCGCUUGAUUCCUUUUCACUAUAAUUUGAAUAGUGGUCAGUGAUAAUUUUUUCGACAAGGAACAAGUGUUCGUCUAUAAUGUGUGACAGAGAAAUUACUAUUUCAAUAUCAAUCGUGCUCAGGGUCAGGUGAACAAUGAUAGUAAUAUCAUACAUAUUUCUAAAAAUAUGAGCGCUUUUUUACAUAUUUAUUGUUUUAUCGUCAGCCAUUAUACCACCUGACAAUAGAAACGCCCGAGAAGGCUAAAGUGUGGCUUCCUCCUAUAGAUAUAACUUAGAAUUAAACCCUCUAAUUAAAUUAAUUAAAGUACUGGGCAAGAUACUAGAAAAAUUCAAUCUGCGUUAGCAUUGCAGCUAGCCGUGCAUGAUGUAAAUACCGAUAGACAUAAUUAUCUUGACUUGGGGGAUUGCCAUUUCUCUUAAUUAUGUUGCAACCCUUUGCGGGCUUCUUAGUAACUGACGUAAUACGUAGUUGUGGUCAAAAUAUCCAGAGACUUUUCCUUAUAGUAAACCUAUAAGUUAAAGUUUAUAGAAAACAUCAGAAUGACUGGUAUCAUAAAUAAACAUGUUAUUCGUCUCUCUAAAUUAAAAAAACGCAUGGCAAUUUACGUAUUAUCAAGGAUCAUCGAGUAAGGGUUCAGGUCAAAAGGAAAACGUACAUUCAUCUCAGUCUUACAACGUUACUCCUAGAUUGCGUUUCAACUGCCGCGCGAACCCAAGCGAAAGCUAUUCCCUUAAGUGACAUAAAAGAAGCUGAAGACCUCCUCAAUUUCAUUCAGUAUGAUCUUGAUGACAUCCUCGCAGGCACAAGAGUGCUGCUCUAGAAAAAAGAUCGGAUCAGUUUUAUCACCAAGGACUUCUGCAACUUACUAAGGAGUUAGUUGAGGAGGCUCUUCAUCUCGCGUCCUCCAAUAAAUUUAACACCGAAUUAGACGUUUCUCGACGAUAAUCUUGAUAAAAACAAGCUAGUUGUUCCUACAGAUCUCUAGCAAUCAAGUAGCGAAACCUGUUGUAGUGAAUAGAGAUUGGCCGAUUAAAAUCAUCAUCUCGCCAUUCAAUUUCCUAACACAACUUACAUGAACUGUCGACUGGUAAGACAGUUUUAUUGUUAAGCAGUUAUUCAAUAAGAAGUCCAUGAAAUCGUGCAAUCCAGUGAGGCUGUACUGAAUGUAUUCAAAAUCACGCCAUUAUUUCUGAAUCCAUCGUUAGAAAAUUGCAAAAUUUACUUGACACUUUACGUCUCCAAAAUUUUUAAAAAUUUUUUCAAGCUCCUCAAAGACUGAAACUAAGAAAAUAUCCAGAAGUUGCUUGAAUCCAGAAAUUGGAAGACACUUGAACAUUUCUAAUCCCUUAGAGCGAUAGUUGAAGAUAUCACUCCAUCAAUCUUACUUUCCUGCGCCUUUAAGGUAACAGAAUAUUCUCCGGUGAUUGCAAAGCUUUUAAUUUGGGUUACUGAAUGUACGCUUGUCAAUUAUUGCAGUCAUGACCACUUUAACAAAACAGGAUAUAAAGGGCAAAUGGGACACAAUUUCGAUACUUUAUCAAGUGCGUGACAUGUGCUAAAUGUUGCACUAUAAGAUUGAUAUAGUCUGUUUGCUAAUGUAAAUUUGCAUAAAUGCUAAUAUGACUGAAAACGAUUUUAUUAUUUAGGUACCGUUUCGGGUCUGAAGAUUACACUAUAACGAUGUCUCUGGGAAAAAAGUCAUUCUAGAAAAGAAAAUUUGCCUAGAAGAAGCAACUACCAAUAUUUACGUCAUGUUAUCGCGUCUUUCGCUUUCGAACUGGCAAGCGUGCUUGUAUUUACUUUAUCGGAAUCAUAAAUAUUUCAUUCUUUCUGCUACCUAAAUGUUGUAACCGCCACUGUUAUAAAGGCCUAUAAUAUAGUCUCGUCUUUACUCUGACGAAAGCAUUGAUGAUUUUCUGUUUCAGUUUACUGCGUGGCUGCGUGGAAAAUAUCACAUAAAUCCGCCGAGGACAUCCUUGCGUCGACGAGAUUAAAGAAAGAAUUCAAACCUGUUUGUCAUUGUAAACAAAUCAAUCAAAGUUCCUUGUCGUCCGUCAAAUAGUCACAAAAGUUUGGCGUUCUAUUUGGUAUAACUCCGAGGCAUUACAAACGCUAGAGCAGGAAGAAUAUAUUUACGGUGAGUAGUGACGAGACGUAGAGCCAACAGGGGGGGAGGUACAAUCAGACUCUGCUCCAAAGACAAAGGGUAGCCUUCUAGACCAAUACAGGCGACCUGCAGCAUUGGUGGCCUGCCAACUUCAAACUUUUGGGGAAACGCAACACUGUUCACAGACUGAGUGGCGCGAUACUUUCAUUGCCAGCGUUGACCCUCCAUUGAUCCAAUUUAAACGAAAAACCGGGAUGUCUAAACGGACAAGAGUGCGAGAGAUUCCUGAAAAAACUUGAGCUUCUGUAGGUCGCAGGAAAGUUUGCUGAAUAUGAGCACCUUGUUACUGCGUGUAUUUAACGUUUUGCGGAUGGGGAAAUCCGGACAUGGAGUUGGCCUUAAAAAUGCAGCAGGGAGUGGCCUUUUCUUAUCAUAAAGAGUCUAAAAAGAGCAAAUGUAUGUUUUCCUCAGUCAUACAAUCAGAACAAACACUAAAUUGCGAUGUUACGAAUCCUAGUAUUUUAACGGCAAGAUCCUAUUUUUCACUUGUAGCUGACUACACAAAUAGAAAGUCGGUGGUCGGUGAUAAUUUUUUCAACAAGGAACAAGUGUUCGUCUAUAAUGUGUGACAGCGAAAUUACUAUUUUAAUUUCAAUCGUGGUCAGGGUCAGGUGAACAAUGAUAGUAAUAUCAUGCAUAUUUUUAAAAAGAUGAGCACUUUUCUAUUUAUGUCUCUUCGUCAGCCAUUAUACCACCUGACAAUAGAAACAGCCGAGAAGGCUUAAGUGUGGCUUCCUCCUAUAGAUAUAACUUAGAAUUAAACCUUCUAAUUGAAAUAAUCAAAAUACUGGGCAAGAUACUUGAAAAAUUAAAUCUGCGUCAGCAUUGCAGCUAGCCGUGCAUGAUGUAAAUACCGAAAAACAUAAUUAUCUUGACUUGGGGGGUUGCCAUUUCUCUUAAUUAUGUUGCUACCCUCUGCGGGCCUCUCAAUAACUGACGUAAUGCGCGUUUAUGGUUUAUAUAUCUCAGGGACUUUCCCUCACAGGAAAUAAACCGAUUGGUUAAAAUUUAUAUGCAAAUAUGACAUGAAAGAUAUGAUGAUUCUAUAAUUCACCUCUCCGAAUUUAAAGAAAGUAGGACAAUGUAUACAUAUCAUCCUUUUCUUAACAAAACGAAAACAUGGCUUUGUUUUAAACAAUUCUUGCGAUUAUCUCGACAGAAACCUUUUUUCACGGUUAAAUCUACAAGAAACUAUAGCUUUCACUAACUGGAACAGAGCAUCUUUAUGGUGCUGUCGGGGAAGAACAUAAACAAACUUCGUCACCGAAACAGAUUAUUCGACGUCUUCGUCUUCUUUCUUCUAACAGGUUCAAAAUCACCAGUCCAAGGAUACAACGCUGGAAACAACGAAUUAUUACUCUUGAACAAACAUGGAUGACCAAACAAGAAAUACGCCUGUAAGCGUUGGCGUUUAUAGCAACGUUAAACAAAUUGCAAAAGAGCGCACAGACCAUGGACAGACAACUUGCACCGACAUGAAAGGCUCGUUAUCUAGUUUUCCUUCCGGUGAUUCAGUCUCGAUUGUUUCUGAAGUAAGAUCUAAAGCACACACCAAAUCUUGGACGUUAAUGGUCUCAAGCUCAAGCGUCGUACUGGUCGGUCAGUCAAGCAUAGAACAAGGAAAAAAUGAUCAUUGCUGUGGCCAAGAAAAGCUUUCUAAAGAAGUACAAGCCCAUUGCCGAAAGGCAGACUCAGAUGGAAUUGUUUCAUACAAUGUUGAAAAACCGAUGCCCUUAAUCAAGAAACAAGGGUAUCUCAAAGGACCACAAUGCGAGAGAAUCCUAGAAAAACUUGAGAUUUUGCAAGACAAUGGACAUUUUAACGAACACGAAAAAUUAGUCACGUCGUUGCUUCAGCGUUGUGCCAAUGGAAAGGAACCUGACUUGGAGUUGGCCUUAAAAAUAGAGCGAGGAGUGGCCUUUACUUAUCAGAGAGAGUCUCGAAAAAGCAAGAGUAUGUUUACCUCAGUCAUACAAUCAGACAAAACCAAAACGUGUCAUGCACUUAAUUCGAAUAUUCUGAUGGCAAGAGCCUACUUUUUACUUGUGGCUGACAAAAGAAGAAGAAAGCCUGUGAAGUUACCUCGGCUCUUUGAAUACCUUGAGCGCAGCGAGUUUUUGUUGCAAAACUACGACUCGCCGGAAGAUUGGGCCGAACUCUACCAAAAAUACGGUCACCUUUGGAUGGAUCGCAUGAGCCUUAUACCGGAUGACCAGCGGAAUGCACAGGCGCGUACAAUCGUCAAAGAAAAGGCGAUAUACUGUCUUAAGAAAGCUAUCUCUUGCAGCCAAGAGGAUCCUCGACUAAGGGUCCAGGCCAAAAGGCAAAGGUACACUCAUCUCAGUCUUGCAGCAUUACGCCUUGAUUGUGUUUCAACUGCCACGCGAACCCAAGCGAAACCUAUUCCAUUAACUGACAUAAAAGAAGCAGAAGAACACCUCAAUUUCAUUGAGCAUAAUCUUGGUGACAAUAUCCCCACAGGCACAAGAGUACUGCUCUUGAAAAAACGAUCGGAUCAGUUUUAUCGCCAAGGGCGUCUGCAACUUGCAAAGGAGAAAGCUGAGGAGGCUCUUAAUCUCGCCUCCUCUAAUAAAUUUAACACCGAAAUAGACCCACUGCAAGGACGUAUAACGUUUCUCGACGAUAAAAUUGAAAAAAACAAGCUAGUUGUUUCUACAGAACUCGAGUAUUCAAGUAGCGAAACCUGUUGCAGUGAAUAA